CGCCCCGCGGGCGUGGCCAGCUGGCGCUGUGUAGUGGUUGGUAGAGUGGAGCAGUGGAGCGAGGUAACACACAGGAAGAGACAGAGGAGGCUAACAUACAAACAGGAAGCGGACAGACGGAGAGAAGCGGCACACGGAAUAAGACGCCCAUUGAUUAAUCGAUCGAUCCCGGGAGCGCGGAGAGCCGCACACAGAGACACGGGAAGCGGGGCUGGGGUACUGACCGCGGUAUACACAGCCCGGGAGCCAUGGAUCACCAAUACCUCCAGCCUGCCAAUCGAUACCAAGUGCUAGAGAAUGAGGAUGACCCUUCAGAACCCAUGGCAAUAGAACAGCCUUCAACUUCUACACAAGCAGCAGAUUCUUCAGCAACCUCUGUGGUAGAUGUGUCUCCUCCACCAUAUAGCAGUAUUAUUGUAGAAGGAACUACAGAUGCAGAAACUCACAGCGAUUUCUACCCUGUGCCGCCUCCUUACAGCGUAGCAACUACUCUUCCAACAUAUGAUGAAGCGGAGAAGGCAAAGGCAGCAGCAAUGGCAACUGCUGCAGCCGAAGCGGCUCAGAGACACGGCCAAAUUAGAGAGUCUAGAAGUCUGUUUGAUGAAAUAUUCCUGAGUCCUUCAGAGGAAGAAGAAUACCCACCAAGAGAUGACUUUAGCGAUGCUGAUCAGUUGAGAGUAGGAAAUGAUGGGAUUUUCAUGCUGGCCUUCUUUAUGGCCUUCAUAUUCAACUGGAUUGGAUUUUGCUUAUCCUUCUGCAUAACAAACACAAUUGCUGGGAGAUACGGUGCGAUCUGUGGCUUUGGAUUGUCACUUAUAAAAUGGAUUCUGAUUGUGCGGUUCUCAGACUAUUUCACUGGAUACUUCAAUGGACAAUAUUGGCUUUGGUGGAUAUUCUUUGUGCUUGGCUUGCUGCUGUUCUUCAGAGGUUUUGUGAAUUACCUGAAAGUACGAAACAUGUCUGAAAGUAUGGCUGCGGCACACAGAACAAGAUUUUUUUUCCUGUAUUAAAGGGAAACUCCAUCAGACAUUCCUUUCCUUUUCCAAUGUGAACCAGUUAGGUCUCCAAUCUCCAGAUUAAUAGAUUAGAAGACUACUAAACAAGAAGAUGAAAGCGAACAAGAAUUAAUACUUUUAUAGCAGUUCUGGGUAUUCUAUGAAAUAUGUGUGUAAAUAUUGCUUUUAAGUUUGCACAUUUGUUAUGUGCUACAUUUGCCUAACGAAACAAGUCUUUGCUUUGAAGGUGUGAAAAAAAAAAAAAAUAGACUUGUUGCAGCAUGUUAAACUUCAUGAACUAUACAGUUUUCUUCCCAUCACAGGAACAUCAAUGGGCAUGUGCAACCCAUUAAUCCACUGCCCACAGUUUCCUAUAUCAUUCAAUCAGCAAUUCAUUAUGGUGAUGUAGUAACUCAUUGGUUGCUGUAAUAACUACUAGCUAAUAAGAUUUAAUUUGUUAUUUUAAUACUGCUUAGCAUGUUUAGGUUUUCUAAAAUGGAUUUAAAUUAUUUUGCAGAAAAAAAAAGAAAUCCCUUUAUUUAACCCAUUGUAAAUAUGCAUCUUCCUAUAAUUUUGAUUGUGCAUAUUAUUAAUUAAUAAUGAAUUGCAAUAUGGGGGUUCUCUUCACUAAUCAAUGAGUUGGCAAUCCGCUUGCAAAAUAUAGACCAAGAUAGUUUUUGACAGGGUUGGUGAUUUUUUCCAUAUAAUCUACUUUGGCCUUAAAUUUGCAAAUCGCUUAUCAUCUCACCACAACUCACUGUUUAGUGGAGAGAGCACUAAAUGUUAUGUUGUCUGUCUGAUUUAUUUUUUUGUAUUUUUAUUUUUACAAGAAUACCUAGAAUAUAAAUAGCAUAUUAGCCUUUUUAAAUUGUGCCAUUUGAUUGUUUAAACAACAUAUCACAAUUACUAUUAUUUUAUUUAAAAUAUUUAAAUUUAUUGUAUGUGAAUUUUUUUGUUUUUUUUUAAUAACUGAACAAUUUAAGAAUGCCUUACUUAGGACUGCUAUAUUACCAGAUACUGGUUCACCACAAGAAACAUUUCUGCGUUAAAAAAAUAUAAAAUUAUACAGUAUUGCUUUGAA